AUGGCAUAUCCGCAUCGAGGGCCUCCCCCUCGACAAUACAACGAUCAGCCACCACCUUCCCAGUAUUACGGACAUCCCAGUCGGGGACGAGGGGGUUAUGGCCCUGGAACUUGGAAUCCAGGUUACGAUGACAGUGGACAGUAUUACGACGAGCGUGGCGGAUAUGGCGGGGGACCGGGAGGUCGUGGACCAUAUGAACAUUGCCCCCCUCCUCCAAAUCGAGGGCGUGGAGGUCCGCCUCCAAAUCGGGGUGGAUAUGGUGACCGUCGUCCUGUGAAUGGACCACCGCCAGGGCCAGGACCAUUACCCCCUAACUUCGAUAAAUCAUUCCCUAGACCUCCACCAAUUCAACAAAGACCAAGACAGCCUAACGAUGGUGCACCGUUGUCGCCUGUCAAACUCUCAUUUGAUAAUCCCUUUCCCGCUUUCCCGAGAGGGAGACGGGGUAAUUCGAAGGAGCUCGACCGGCGGAUUGGUGAUCUCGAUCUAAAUGAUUCCUCAAUGAGACCGUCUCCUGAAAAACGACCGCAUACAUCCAACUCCACGCGCCAGCCUCCACAACGACAGCUAGAUAUGCCGCAGUGGGGUGGACCUGGCGCUCGAACUCUACCACCGUUGCCUGAUUCGAUGCCACUGCCCGGACCCAAAAGGAGCAUGACUAUGCCCUCCAAUCCAGGCCCGACUGGCCCACAGUACCCGGGACAACCGACUUGGCAGGAACCACCUCUACCACGUCCAAAUACAGCUAGCGGAACGAAACCCGAUAUCGCGCCUGUGCAAAAGAACAGAGCCAGCUCAAUAGACACCAAUAGAGACCUGCCUGAUGACUUCCUCGACGAGUACUUCACGCCUAACGAUCAAACAGACUCAGAUAUGCCGAAUUUCAGUGUGAUGCCGGACACUCAGGAUGACAACAUUGUACCUUUUGACAAACCCGGCGCUGAUGAAUCUUCUCCCCCCAACUCGGGGAAGGGUUACACUGCUUAUCGUCCACCUGGCGGCCCGACUCCGAUUCCAAACAUCUCUACGGAUCCACCAACUAAUCAGUUUGAAAAUGCUGGCUUCCAUUUCGACCUUCCUCCUCCAAACCACAAAUACGAUCAGGGGCAACCUAAAGAUUAUGAUCCAUCAACAAAUGGUGGUUAUCCUCAUCACCCAAAAAGUCGAGGAAUGCCUCCUGGCCCGGCACAUCAUGGAGGCGGUGGGGGGAGCGGGCGGGGUGGAUAUGAUCCUCGUCCUCCACCCAAUCAAUAUGGCCCUCCGGGCAAAAGCACACCCAUGUCGUACCCAGAUAACCAUACAGAGUACCAGAAUGCGCCGUCUAAUUAUCGCACCGGCGUCACCCUGGCAGAUCCACCGCAUCAAAACCCAGACGCCCUUCCCAAGCAUCCUGUUCCGUUUCGUCCUGGUCUUGAGAAUACGGCAAAGCCACCCCCUAUUAGGCAAUAUGAUAACCCUCCUGCACAGGUGCAAUCCCAAACGGGUCUGGGAGCACCACCCCAAUUCCUAAAUGAUGGAGCCGGCCCGAUGCCCAUUACUCACGAAGAGCUCCAUCGUAUCCAACAAGCGGCUAAGAGCAAUCCAUCAGAUCACAAGGCUCAACUUUUCCUAGCCAAGAAGCUCGUUGAAGCCUCCAUAUAUUUGAUAGAUGACAACGGAAGGGCCGAUAUAAAAACUAGAAACAAGAACCGUGAACGAUAUAUUUUUGAUGCGCACAAAAUUGUUAAGAAGCUAGUCACUGCAGGGUACCCACAGGCAAUGUUUUACCUGGCCGAUUGUUAUGGCGAAGGCCAACUUGGCCUAGAAGUGGACCCUAAAGAGGCAUUCUUGCUGUACCAAUCUGCUGCAAAGGCUGGUCAUCCAGAGUCUGCCUACAGAUUAGCCGUUUGUUGCGAGAUGGGCUACGAGGGGGGCGGAGGCACAAAACGAGAUCCGAUGAAAGCCGUACAAUGGUAUAGGCGCGCCGCAGCAUUAGGAGAUACCCCUGCGAUGUAUAAGAUGGGCAUGAUCCUCUUAAAGGGUUUACUAGGCCAACAAAAGAACCCUCGAGAAGCGGUAUCCUGGCUCAAACGAGCGGCCGAACGCGCAGACGAGAGUAAUCCCCACGCCCUCCAUGAACUUGCACUCCUUUAUGAAAACCCCAACGGAAACGACGCCAUCAUCCAGGAUGAAGCGUAUUCAAGAGAGCUUUUGGAACAAGCGGCGAAACUGGGUUAUAAGUAUUCGCAAUAUCGUCUUGGCGCUGCGUAUGAGCAUGGCCUACUCGGAUGUCCUGUUGAUCCACGGCAGAGUAUACUCUGGUACACCCAGGCAGCUGCGCAGGGCGAACACCAGGGCGAACUGGCGCUUAGUGGUUGGUAUCUUACCGGAGCUGAGGGCAUUUUACAGCAGAGCGACACUGAGGCGUAUUUGUGGGCACGUAAAGCCGCUCUGUCUGGUUUGGCGAAGGCGGAAUAUGCGAUGGGUUAUUUCACUGAAGUUGGCAUUGGUGUGCCGGCCAAUCUGGAGGAUGCCAAGAGGUGGUACUGGAAAGCAUCGUCACAAAAUUUCAUGAAGGCCCGCGAACGUCUCGAGGACCUCAAGCGCGGUGGUGCCAAAAUGCAGAAAACCAAAGUUUCGCGUUCGGCAGUCAACAGCCAAAAGGACGGCGAUUGCAUCGUCAUGUGA